AUGAUCCGGCAAGGAAAAGUCCUUGAGGUCAACGGGUAUGAUCACUGUCGGUUUAUACUGCGGGAGUUUGCAGAUUUGUACACGCUGCACCCGUACCGAAUUACGAGCGACUCAACAGCGGAAAAAGUGCACUUCCGUUUUGACAAGGGCAACACAGUUGUGGCACGUCCAUGGCUUCAUUUGGAUGGCAGCGUUAACACAAAGAUGGUUCUCAAACUGAAGCGCAAGGUGGUGAAUAUCGUAAUGUGCUGCCCAGGCAUACAAGACACCGCCGUCCACAAAAAGAUGCGGAAGGUUUUCAGUCUGCAGGACAUGCGAUCGAUGCUGGAAGAGCUGAUGGCUGAUAGAAUUAUUUACGCUCGAGUUGAUAUUGCGAUUUUGUCUCCAGGAGAACUCCGAUACGUGGACUUUUCUCGAGAUCGCCUCCACUACUUCCCGGCGGUGAACUGCAUGGAGUUACUUGGUGCCGAGGCGUGUGACGCAGAUCUUGGUUAA